UUUCCUUUGUUGUGAGCUGUGGAAGGGCUGGUGGCUUCAGGAGACGCCGGCGUUGGAGAGAGUGCUGCGCCGCCGGCUGCUCAGGGACCGCGGGGGCCGCCGCUGUUGGCCACUGCUGCUGGCUUCUUCCAGCCUUCGCCGAGAGGGUUCCUGUAUUCUAAAGGAAAAAUAAACUUGAUUGCAGUACAACUACAUUCUAAGAUCAGUUCUGUUACUAUAUAUCUCCUUUGGACUUUGUACACUGACCUCCCCUGUCCCCUGGCCUUAACUAUUAGGUUGGUGUGGAAAAACUGGGGCUUUGAUCAAGCAAAUGCUGAAAAGCCACAUAAAGAAAAUCUGUUACAGUUAUUUCUCAACAAUUAUAUAGUCAACUGAUGUAACAAUGGUACUAAUAUUGGGACGAAGACUAAACAGAGAGGAUCUUGGGGUGCGUGAUUCACCAGCAACAAAGCGUAAAGUUUUUGAAAUGGACCCUAAAUCUCUGACAGGCCGUGAGUUUUUUGACUUCUCUUCAGGAUCAUCCCAUGCUGAAAACAUCCUCCAGAUAUUUAAUGAAUUUCGAGAUAGUCGUUUAUUUACAGAUGUUAUCAUUUGUGUGGAAGGAAAAGAAUUUCCUUGCCAUAGAGCUGUUCUCUCAGCCUGCAGUAGCUACUUCAGAGCUAUGUUCUGUAAUGACCACAGGGAAAGCCGAGAAAUGUUGGUUGAGAUCAAUGGUAUUUUAGCUGAAGCUAUGGAAUGUUUUUUACAGUAUGUUUAUACUGGAAAAGUGAAGAUCACUACAGAGAAUGUACAAUAUCUCUUUGAAACAUCAAGCCUUUUUCAGAUUAGUGUUCUCCGUGAUGCAUGUGCCAAGUUCUUGGAGGAGCAACUUGAUCCUUGUAAUUGCUUAGGAAUCCAGCGCUUUGCUGAUACCCAUUCCCUCAAAACACUCUUUACAAAAUGCAAGAAUUUUGCAUUACAGACUUUUGAGGAUGUGUCCCAGCAUGAAGAAUUUCUUGAACUUGACAAAGAUGAACUGAUUGAUUAUAUUUGUAGUGAUGAACUAGUUAUUGGCAAGGAGGAGAUGGUUUUUGAAGCCGUCAUGCGUUGGGUCUAUCGCGCUGUUGAUCUGAGAAGACCACUGUUACAUGAGCUCCUGACUCAUGUGAGACUCCCUCUGUUGCAUCCCAACUACUUUGUUCAAACAGUUGAGGUGGACCAGUUGAUCCAGAAUUCUCCUGAGUGCUAUCAGUUGUUGCAUGAAGCAAGACGGUACCACAUACUUGGGAAUGAAAUGAUGUCUCCAAGGACUAGGCCACGCAGGUCAACUGGCUAUUCUGAGGUGAUAGUUGUCGUUGGAGGCUGUGAACGAGUUGGAGGAUUUAAUCUUCCAUACACUGAGUGUUACGACCCUGUAACAGGAGAGUGGAAGUCUUUGGCUAAACUUCCCGAAUUUACCAAAUCAGAGUAUGCAGUCUGUGCUCUAAGGAAUGACAUUCUUGUUUCAGGUGGAAGAAUCAAUGGACGUGAUGUCUGGAUUUAUAACUCACAGUUAAAUAUUUGGAUCAGAGUUGCUUCUCUAAAUAAAGGCAGAUGGCGUCACAAAAUGGCUGUCCUCCUUGGUAAAGUAUAUGUUGUUGGAGGCUAUGAUGGGCAAAACAGACUUAGCAGCGUAGAAUGUUAUGAUUCCUUUUCAAAUCGAUGGACUGAAGUUGCUCCCCUUAAGGAAGCAGUAAGUUCUCCUGCCGUGACCAGCUGUGUAGGCAAAUUGUUUGUGAUUGGUGGAGGACCUGAUGAUAAUACUUGUUCUGAUAAGGUUCAAUCCUAUGAUCCAGAAACCAAUUCUUGGCUACUUCGUGCAGCUAUUCCUAUUGCCAAGAGGUGUAUAACAGCCGUAUCCUUAAACAACCUGAUAUAUGUUGCUGGUGGACUGACCAAGGCAAUAUACUGUUACGAUCCAGUUGAAGAUUACUGGAUGCAUGUACAGAAUACAUUCAGCCGACAGGAAAACUGUGGUAUGUCUGUAUGUAAUGGUAAAAUAUAUAUCCUGGGUGGAAGACGGGAAAAUGGAGAAGCUACAGACACUAUUCUCUGUUACGAUCCUGCCACAAGUAUCAUCACAGGGGUAGCUGCAAUGCCCAGGCCAGUGUCCUAUCACGGAUGUGUGACUAUUCACAGAUACAAUGAGAAGUGCUUCAAGCUCUGACGCCAGCGUACCUCACCCAGGAAGCCACAGCAAUCCAAGAUGAGAGGUUUUAAAAACUCCAGAGUGGGAACUUGGUUUAUCUCCUUUAUGCCAUAUGCACAAAAAAACAAAAAGAAUAAUUGUCGUGCCUUUCUCCCCCAAAUACCAAUCUUUUAAACUGUAAUAAAGCCUUUUCUGUAAUUGGGGAAAAAGUAAUAGUUUUGAAGGUAAUAGUGGUCUUUGCUUGGGCUGUGAGAGUGUACCUUUGUGAGUAUUUGUAAAAAAAAAAAAAAAAAAAAAAAAGCCUAUGUGGCAUAGGAAAUAAUGUUUGCCUGCAUACCAUUUAGGAAUUUGUGAAUGGUCUCUUCAUUUAUGUAUGUUUAUCUGGAAGACUGUUGAUUCCUUAUUUUGUCACAUAAGUGUGUAUGUGUGUGUAUAUAUAUGUAGAAAAUUGCAUGACAAGUUUUCAUUUAGGUCAAAUCAUGUAAUGCUUAGAAUGCUUAGAAUCAUUCUAAGGAGGGAAAGACAGUUUUAAAAAUCUUUUUCACUAAAAAAUACAUCCAAAUUGAUUAACUUUAUUAUUUUUUUUUCUGUAAUUGAUAAAACAGUAAUGACAACAAUCUGAGUAUCAUAAAAUACUAAGUUAUUGUGACUUCAUUCUUAGAAUUGCUUUCUUAUAUUAAAGAUAUUUUGGGGAGAAGAUACAAAAGCAAGUCCCCUUAAAAUGGGGGUUAAAAUUAAAGAUUAGUUCCUAAGAAAAAGUUAUCUAAGACCCUUGAAGGAAAAAUGACCCACUGUGGCUCUCAAAAGUAUUUAUGUAUCAUCUCUAAAUCCUCUAAGGGAAGCGCCUUUUCUUAAACCUGGCAGAAGAGCUGAAAUCCACUUUGCAAUAUUAUCUUGUGAAAAACAGGGACAGAUUUUCUCCCUAGCCCAGCAGGGUUUGACCUCAUUGGAAUGGUGCUUUGGGUGAGGACCUCUUCCUGGUUAUCCUAUUUUCUUGUGAACAGCUAAAAAUCCUGGGAGUCUCUACUGUUAAGCUGCCCUUAAAGGAUAAAGCAGGGACCACCUAUCUCAGUGGGUCCACAUUUCUUUUAAAGUUGAUUAUCUGAAGAAACCAACAGUAGUAGUAGCAGUUUUCUAAGAUAAAUCUUCAUUUGGUACCCACUGUGUGAAAUAUCGAUCAACAUUCUCACACUUCUCUACAUCAAAUUGCCUUUGUCUAGACGUUUCAACUCCAGUUUAUAAAGCUUGCUAGUUUUCAGAGAAGAGUGUGAAAUUUUUUUUUCUAAGGCAAAUGGGAUGGCAGGAACUACAGCACAAGUGAUUGUUGUUAUUCCUGGGUAAACAGAUACAAUUUACAGUAUUUUAGGGAUGUUCCAGGUAGCCUGCUCUAUUUCAGCUUCCCAGGCAUUAUUGUCAUCUCACAUCUUAAUUAUAUAUUCCUUGCCAUAGGAGAAAUGAUGCAAAUACGUAAUUAUAGUGUCACCAGGUUUUUGUUAAAACCAAAGUAGUAAUCAAAAAACCUAACAUUGAUAAACUUACUCUUCUUUUCCCAUUUUAGAAGAUACAGAGAUUUCAAAUACACUAUACAGUAUCAACUUUAAUGCCUAGCUGGAUUGUGAAUUCUGAGGAAAAUUCUAAAAAACUUAACAAAUUUUAGGGAAUUUUUAUUUUUCAAAUCGUAAUUUGAAAUUACAUGUACCUUUUUGUGAUAAUUGUCAAAGCAAUUCAUAAGCCAGUUUUCUACCAUUUUAGUUGAAAGACAAUAGUAGAUACAAUUGGGAAACCUGUUUUAAUUUUAGAGUAAGCAUCUACUUCUGCAUCAUACCCUUUGUAGGUUAUGGAACCUAUUUAGUUCAGAAAUUCUUUGUGGUGUGUGAGAUAAUGUAUGAGAAAAGUGUUGGUAAAUGCUGAGUACUAUACAAACGAUACUUGUUAUUUUCAUGUGUAUUUGUAAGGUCAUGCCCAUCCGUAAAUAUAGACACUUUCUUACAGAAAAGCCUUUCUCAGUGUAACCUGUAUUUUAGUACUUGUGUAAGUAUUAACUAUUUACUUGUAUUUUGUUAUAUGUUUAUUUUUAAUAUUCAUGUGUUUAUUACAGUAAAUUUGAAAUGAAAUCCUAUAAACCAGAAUUUGUUUAAACAUGGACCUUAUGCCAAUAUUUUUAAAUUUUUUUCUCUACAUAAUUAUAAACUACAUAAUUAGGUCACCAAGAACUUAGCUUGAAUCCUAUGAAAUUAAAGUAACAAUUUUUAAAGUUACCCAACUGAUACUUUAAUUUCCUUUCACUUCCUUUACUGAUUUUUUAUAAUGAGGUUAGCAUAGAUAAAAUAAUGAAGAAUUUUAGGGUAUAAUUAGUAUAUCAAAAGGGAUUUAUCAACAAAAUUGGUGUCAGAUUAUAUUCAUACUGUCAUCACAUAGCUGACAUUUUCUUUUGGUUUGUGAUGCUCAUAUAAGCCUUUGGGUUAGGUUAGUAUGUAUAUACAUGUGUAUAUAUGUAGAUAGAUAGUGUGCUCAAUCUACACACGUAUAUACAAAAACCAAGAACUUCAGCAGUUUCUGGUUUCUGAUCAGAGGAACAUAAAGUAAAAAUUAGUUGAUCUUACUAAAUUCAAUUCCAAAAAAAGAAAAAAAAAUGAUAAAUUCAAUUCCAGACGUUCUGUUUUUUUUUUAUUUUAAUAUUGGGCAUCUCUAGCGUGCUCUUGUACAUACGAAAAUAUAUGAUGAAUAUUAUUAUGAUGACUCAUACAGUCAGAAUCUAUAUAACUCAUACAAUUUACAAGAUCAGGAAAUAAAUCGGAGGGAGAUACAAGUUUGGUAAACAUAGCCAUUGAUACCUCAGUGGGAAAGGAAUUCAAAACUAGGUUUUGUGGAUCAAGAGAAAUGUAUUUUUUUUUUUUUUCCAUGAACUUUAAUCAUUUUUCAUGUGGUUCCUAUAUGUGAGUGAGCUAUAACGUGAUCUAAUUUUUACAACAAAAAGACCUUCCUCUUCUGCUCUAAUCUUCCCACUGACUUUACUGCACAGGUAUGAAAUGGUAGCCUAUUGGAUCUUUAGUAACUUUUUUUUUCCCUAGAUGACUGAAACAUAGGUAUUUACUCCAUUUAAACCAGGUGUUUAAAAAAACGAUGUAAAUACUCAGGGUAUUAACUUGUCAUUUUUGCCUAAUUGGAGUGUUUAAAGUGCCAUAUCUAAGCAACUUUCAGUUCAUAAUUCUAGAGUAAAUUCAGUUUGGUAAAGGGGCUUCACACGUGGUGGUGGUUAAACAUUCACUUUUUUAUAUUUAGAUGAAAAUGUUUGUGGACUGAUACAUUUUCUCUUAGUGAAUAUGAAUUGUUUAUGUAUCUCUACUGUCAUACCCUUUUUGAAACUCAGGAAAGACAAAGGUUCAAUUCUACUACUUUUGUCAGUAUACAAACCAGGUGUGUUAUUUUUCCUGUUGUCUGGAUAUGGCAAUAGAUUUUUUAAAAAGAAAGGCUGUGAGAACCCAUACGUGAAAAGAGAGAGUUGAAUUGUUUGUGCCUUUUGUUUCUUGAGAUUUAUACGUGGAAAGGACAUCAUCUACUCCAGACUGUAUUUUCAAAGAGAAGAAACUGCUAUUUAUGUGGUGCCAAGUGAUAAAAUAAUGUCUCUUAAAGGCUUCCUGUGGACUGCCUUUAUUUUCCUAAGCUCAAGACACCAGUUAACCUCAACAUAAUUUUGGCCUUUAUUAGAAUUUCUGUGCAUUAUAUUGAAAGCUAGGUUUACAUCACCUCACCCCAUUAUUCCUUUUAGUUACAUAAAUAAAUUCACCAUACCAAGAAACCAGAAUGGGGCAAUUUGGUUGGCCUUUAAGGCAACAGGUUUGACUAGCUAGCUAUACUUAUUGUCACAUCUAAUGCUAGGUAUCAGAAACCACUUGAGCCGGAAGUGUGAACUGAUAAUUCCAGAGACAUUGUCAACGUACUUCAUACUUUUUUAAAAAUGUUUUUUAUGGAUGUUUUACAUUUGUGUGAUUGCCUUAGAUAUUAAAUUAGUGCUAAAGAUCAUCAUUAAAAAUGUUUUUAAAUAGCAGUAGUUGUAACUUAUUUUAUAUAUUGUCCCAAAGAAAAGAAUUUGUUUUAAUGUUUUCAAAAUAACUGCAUCUGUAUUUGUUUAUGUGCCUUAAGUUCUCUAGUUCUGUUUCAACUUUUUUUUUAAUCUAAAGUUUACCUUAGAUAAGUUCCAUACUUAUUUCCUAUAAAUUGCUCUUAAAAUGUUUAAUGAGCAUCAGCUAUGUGGUUGCUUGGCAGGAAGGAAAAUGUUAAGAAAGUGGUUCGGUGUUUGGAGUUUUACUAUAUUUGGGAAGGUUUUUUGUUUGAUGCCAAGCUGCUUUUUAAGAUUUUAAGAAAAAAAUCCUUGUAAACAUCAUCAAUAUCUAUAUCCAGUGUCAAAAAAGUAAAUCUACUUACUCUUGUUCCAUUCUUAGGUACUGUUUUUUUGUUUUUUCCUCUACAGACUCUUUCAUUUAUCGUUUUUGAAAAAAUUCUUAAUCUUUCCUACCCCAACACCCACCCCAUGGUUUCUUUAUUUAAAUCUUGUUGAAAGUCUCUGGAGCUAAUCUAAGACAACACAAUUAUAGAGUUGAACAAAAGCAUACUGUGCUUUAUACAACUUGUACAGACCUGUGGCAGCCAGAUGUCAUUUGCUUUCAGAUGCUCCAGUCUUCACAGUAAAAAAAAAAAAAAAUGCUCCGUGUUUCUUUGUUUUCAUCAGUUGCGGCACACUAAUACUUUCAUGUCUCGUCUAAAAUAUACUUUGUGCAUAGUUUUUCUUUAAUUUUUAAAAAGUUGUAUCUAAUAAAAAUAUGUCUUUUAACCAUUAUUACUUGACUACAGUUGUAUUAAAUUUUAUUUACCAAAAA